GCGGGGCCUCCGUAGCGGCUCCCGCAGGGCUGCCGGCUCCUGGCCGCGGAGGCCGCAGAGGGUUAUUGCGGCGUGGUCUCCGCGUGGUCUCCGCGGGGCCCCCGGACGAUCGCGCCGUCAGACCCAGGGGUCGGCGAGCGGCCGCGGUGAGUCCCGGGAGCAGCGGAGUUCAGCGUGCUGAAGGUCACAGUUAAGGGCUGCAGUGCCUCCAGUACAGCAGGAGCUCUGGGAGGGCAGGGGGUUGUCAGACACCCCCGCCCCCGCCCCUGGGCCCUGCCCCAGCCCGAGUUGAAUCCAGGACCAGCUGCUCUUCACCUCACCACACCCACUCUCAGCUCCAGCCAUGGGGCCCCUGCUAACCCUGUUCCUGGUGGCCCUGGUGGGCCUCCCGCUGGCCCAGGCUCUGGACUGCCACGUGUGCGCCUACAACGGAGAGAACUGCUUCAACCCCGUCCACUGCCCGGCCAUGGUCACCUACUGCAUGACCACGCGCACUUACUACACCCCGACCAGGAUGAAGGUGAGCAAGUCCUGCGUGCCCAGCUGCUUCGAGACGGUGUACGAUGGUUACUCCAAGCACGCCUCUACCACCUCCUGCUGCCAGUACGACCUCUGUAACGGUGCUGGCCUCGCCGUCCCCGGAACCCUGGCCCUGGCCCCCAUACUCCUGGCUACCCUCUGGGGUCUGCUCUGAAGCCCUGCCCCCACCAGGACCCACGCAAGGACAAGUUCUGAGAAGCCCAGCCCUACCCUUUCAUCCUUUCACCCUUUCAUCCUGCCCCCACCUUCUGUGCUCCCAGAGAUCCCCCCCCAACGGUUGCUCCAGCCACCAUCCAGAACUGCCUGCGGGAGGGACUCGAGUGUCCACCACCAUCCUGGGCCUCGCUCCCAGACCACCACCUUCCAUUUUCCUUUUUUUUUUCUUUCUUUUUUUUAAUUUAUUUAUGACAGUCACAGAGAGAGAGAGAGAGAGAGAGAGAGAGAGAGGCAGAGACAUAGGCAGAGGGAGAAGCAGGCUCCAUGCACUGGGAGCCCGACGUGGGAUUCGAUCCAGGGUCUCCAGGAUCGCGCCCUGGGCCAAAGGCAGGCGCCAAACCGCUGCGCCACCCAGGGAUCCCCACCUUCCAUUUUCCAAAGGUUGACGUGGGACCUUCCAAAAAUGUCUGGUCUUGGUGGGAGAGCUCACCCCUCCUCUACAUGAGGAUGAGGGCAUCUGGAGAAGUGUGCCGCUUAGUUGGGGUCCUCAGUUGGCUGAGGGACACUGAUGGGAAGGGAGACUUGGCCCACCCUCCUGGCAGCUCUGGGAGCAAGGCCCUGCCCCAGUCUGCUUAGUAAGUGUGUGGAGGCGCAGGGGAAAGCAGGAACCCAGGGUGGGUGGGGGGCAGUCUUGGGAAGAAGGGCUUUCUGGGGCCCCAGGAGGUCUGUCCCUGUGCAUCUGACAGGCCAGGAGCUGCCCAGGGUAGGCGUGGCAUAGAGGGCCACGCGAGGAAGGCCUUCGUCCUUGUCAGCCAUCCUGGUGGGAGUGCCAGAAAGGCCUGGGUGGGGGGUGGGGGUGGCUCAUCCUAAAGAGCCCCUGAGGCCCCCAGCCCCAGGAGCCUGGCAAGAGGCUCUUCCUUUCUUGCUCCGCCCAAUCCCUGACCUUCCCCCCCUCCACACCCGCCUGAGGCUGGCAGGCACUUGGGGGCAGGGCAGGCAGGCCAGAUGGCUAUAUUUGGUGGAUCAUGAGAGCUGACCCCAGGGCUAUUUUUGGCAGGGAGGGAAGGGAGCUGGGUGGGACCAGAACAGCCUGAUCUUCAGCCCUGGCCUGGCCCUUACUGGAGGGGGGUGAGCCGCAGCAGGUGGCUGAGAGUGUGAGCACCCGAGUCAGCGGGGGAGGGCGGAGGGCUGAGGAUGGAGGGCGGAGGUCGGGGUGGGGGGUGCGGGGAGGAUCCUGGGAGGAAGGAGAGGAGUCGGAGAGACGCUGGGAGAGGCCGGCUCUGGGAUGCAAUGCAGAUGACCAGGCUCCCUGUGGACAGGCACCCCAGGAUUUCCUCUGCAACCCCCAUCCCAACAACCACUGCCCACAGCCGCUUCCGGCUGGCCUCCCUCCGCUCUGGCCUGCUUGCCCGGCUCAGUGAGUUCUGGCUGAACUGGCCUCGGCCCCAAAGCCUGAGGGUCUCCAUGGGACCCUCUACCCUCCAACUGUGCCUGAGGAGAGAGACAGGAGAGAGAGAGGCCCACUGGGGCUGGAGAGCUUCCUCUCUGAUCCGAGGAGUGGUCUGCGAGUGCCCCCAACCUAGUGGGGUAUUGGGACCUUCAAGGGCCCAAGAAUUGGCAUUAUUUAAAGGGUACAAGCCUAGGUGAACCCCCCCCUGGCCUGGUUUCAAAGUCAAGAGUCUGCCCAGUAGAGACCAUCCUGGAUCAGGGUGGCCCAGGAAACACCGGUCCUCCUCCCGCUGAGGCCAGACUGCAUGGCACAUGGUGCCCCAGGUCACACAGGGCCUGCCUAAGGCCUUAGCUGCCCAGUGUCCCCAGCCCCAGGGUUCGUGGAGGGGCCCAGGAGCCCCUUCAGGCUGUCUGGACCUAAGUGGGCAGGACUGUGGCAAAUGCCUCUGUGGUGGCAUCGUCCCUGGAACGCAGAGGCCCUUGGCCCCCGAGCGUGGCCUCAUCAAGGGAGCCUGUGCUGGAGAUCCCGCCUUGAGAGCUUCACCCAGUGCUUCCAGAACCCAAGGGAUUAGGAUAUCGUGGGAGAGCCUGGGGGAGCCUCAGCAGGUGACCUUGGGCAGACCUGGUUGGAACUCCCAGAAGGCCUCUCAUCCUGGGCGGGAAAGGAGCUGCACCCCACAGAGUGUCCUGUCAAGGGCUCAGUCCCCACAGGACACCUGGGUGCCUCCUCCUGAGGCCCGAUCCGGUGUGAGCCCUUCCCUGGGGAAGGCGGGCAGCAAGCCAGACUCCAACCCUGAGCUCCCACAGGUCCUGCGGGACACCCCCCAGGAAGGGUCGGUCUCAGGAAGACCAAGCUCCCCACAGAGCUGCCUGGAGGGCCAGCGCAGGCCUCUACCUGCGGAUGCCGGCUGGAAGAAAGGGUGGACGGAGGCCUCCAGCCCUAGCCGCCCUUGACCUGACUCAGUGGGAGAGGCUUGGAAUCGGUUGUUAAAGUGCUUGUGUAAGACCUUUGUCCUGGGUCAGCAGGCAUCCUAGGCCACGGCUGGGAGGUGCACAGGAUCGGUCCUCCCUCCUCUCAGUGGCUGAUGACGUUAGAGCCCUGCCUGGGCACCCGUGGGCUCUGGGGUCACUGAGAGCAGGGAUCCAGGGAGCUGGGCUUGCUGCCGUGUGGGGGUGCUUCUUACACCUGCCUUCUGUGCCCCUCUGUCCACCGUGACCUGGUCCAAGCCCAACACCCACUGCAUUGCACCAGGCCUGCAGGACCAGGCUGGGCUCUGGCUGGCUGGGCUGUCCUUGGAACCCAGCCCAGAGCCCUCAGGAGGUCCUCGACCAAUGCGGGGGCCCCGGCCCCUCGUGGGACACAUGUGACGCUGACCUGGAAGGGCAGUGCCGGUGGGGACAGGCACAGCGACCAUGGGAACUGACUGUCCGGCUGCCCUGUGCUGGUGGCUGUAAGCACUCCACGACCACCCUGUGAGGUAGAAGGCAUUACAGGUGAAGAGGCUGAGGCACGGGGCGCUGACCUGGCUGCCCGCCACCCCCCACCCCACCCCCGCUGUGCGGUCUUCUCCCAUGUGCUGGGAGGCUGCGUCCCAGAGCCUGGGACAGGGAAGGGAGCUGGUUAUAAACUUAGAACUAUUUUGGCCUGUGAGAUAAUGAUAAGAGCUGAGGGUCAGGAAAGCUCUAGAAGGAGAAAAGUAGAAGCAGAGGUUUGAGACACCGUGAGGCCCAGAGGCAGGCGUCCAGCCCCGGGUCUGGGUCCCACAAGCUGGGGUUGCAGAGAGGGGGCACAGGGGCACUAGCCCCGCGUCUCCAGCUGCCAGCGAGACAGCGGGCAUUUCCACUGAGGGGGUCCCCCCAACAGAAAUGAGUGUCCCCUCCAUGUGGAUCGAUGCUCGGGCUCUUUGAAGCCCUCUGUGGUGUCCAUCUCGAGUCUGGAAGCUGCCUGGGUGUCUCUGCUGUGCUGCCUCCUGUGGGCACCCUGGGAGCACAGCUGGGGAGCGGGGGCAGCAGGCGCCCACCCUGUGUACCCAGGGUGGGCGUCUGCAGCCAAAGGCACGCUCCAGACCUGUGUGCGGCCUGGCCCCGCUGCAUACAGAAGGCCUCAGGAAGGUGCGCUGGUGGUGGGCGGGCGGGGAGGGGGGUCGACCAACCGCCCCAUCUCCCUCCGCAGCGGCUGACUUGUUUGAUAAACAUGUAACUCAUUCAUGCUUCUAGACCUCUUGAGUUCUGUUGGGUCCUACAGCUCUGGGCUGGCUCAUUCAUAAAAUGGGCAUGAUGCCCACCAAGCCGAGGCCUCGGGGGGAUGGACAAGGCUGGGGGUGUAAGUGCCCGGCCCAGGGCCUAGCACACAGGAGGCCUCAGAUCCAUGGGUGGUCCCUCUUCCCUUCCUGCCACUGGCGAGCUCUGGGCACUUCCAGGGCCAUGCCCCUGCCAGCUGCUAAUGCCAACCCCUGACCCUGACCCGCAUGAGACUCCGCCUUUGGGCCCGGGCCUCCUCCACUGCUCACACUAUGCAUUUCAGUAUCUCCAGUGUGAAUAAACAGAUGAGGACA